UUGGGGCGGAAGGUGGCGCUGUACGUGGUCACCGUAAUCUCACUUCUAGCCUGGUUCGCCUACAUCCUGGCCACAAGAUAUGAGGUGCUGCUAUUAGGCGCGAUGGCCCACGGUUUCUAAUUUGGCAUGUUCGCACCGCUGCGCUCCAUCUACAUUGGCGAGUGCUCCAGCCCGCGCUACCGAGGCGGCCUGCUCACCACUUGCGUUGAAGCCCAAAUCUUUGGCGUCCUGUUCGUCCAUCUCACUGGCUCACUUAUCAGCUACAAGUUAACUGCUAUCUGCUCUAUAUCAUUCCCUGUUAUCAGUCUCCUCUUGAUUAUUUACUCGCCUGAAUCUCCGAGCUGGCUCGCGACGAAAGGGCAAUACGAUAGAUGUGGAAAAAAUUUCAUAUGGUUAAGAGGGGAGGAUGAAAUGCCAGAGCUGAAGAAAAUGAUACAAACAGUCCUUUUGCCAACAACCAAAACAAAUCAAAACAAGGUUAAAGAAAUUAUAGCAGUUAUAAAGAAGAAAGAAUUCUUUAAGCCAAUUCUUCUCAUGUUUGCCUUGUAUAUUAUGCUUACAUGUGCAGGAGGCCUAUUAAUGGCUGUGUAUGGAGUAACGAUAUUGGAAUUGCUGAUGGGCCCAGAAGUUAACGCUAAUAUCUGGAUGGUAGCCUUAGAUUGCCUGAGGGUCCUUUCUACUGGUAUCGCAGUUUUGGUGAUAAACAAAGUUAAGAGAAGGAGAAUGCUGUUUAGUGUUGGGUUUUUCUGUGUUGGAAGCCAAUUGUGUAUGGGAGCUUACGUCUUAGCAAGAAACAUGGGUUAUUUGCCCUUCGAUUCAUGGAUACCUGGUACGUUAAUCAGCGGGCAGAUGAUGUCGGUGUCCAUGGGAAUGCAACCGCUGCCAGGCGUUAUAGCUGGUGAAGUAUAUCCUUUACAACACAGAGGUCUUUCAGGAAGUGUUGGUUUGAUAAUGCUGAGUAUAUCUGCAUUUGCGGUACUUAAGGGUUAUCUGAGUUUAGUAUCAGUGAUAGGUCUGGGAGGCACAUACUUUUUGUUCUCUGGAAUUAUAGCAGCAUGUCUGUUGGUGGCGUGGGUGUUGCUUCCGGAGACUAGUGGUCGGACCCUGCAGCAAGUUGAGGAUCACUUCCGGGGUCCACUGUUAAAGGUCGAUGGUGAGAGGCAACCACUAACGCAUUCGGUGACAGCUAGCUACUUGUCUAUACAGGAAUGACGAUGUGUGUGUGUGUGUGUGUGUGUGUGUGUGUG